UCAAAAUUCAAACGCUUAGCAGCAGAAUUCCCACCUUCAUCGCUCUUCUUCUCUUUCAGCGGCAGCAGGGACAGGAGGAACGAGAGGAUGAGCACGGCGAGGUUCAUCAAGUGCGUGACGGUCGGCGACGGCGCGGUGGGGAAGACCUGCAUGCUCAUCUCCUACACCAGCAAUAUCUUUCCGACGGAUUACGUCCCGACUGUGUUCGACAACUUCAGUGCCAAUGUGAUAGUUGAUGGAAGCACAGUGAACCUCGGGCUUUGGGACACAGCAGGGCAAGAGGACUACAACAGACUCAGACCUCUCAGCUACAGAGGAGCCGAUGUGUUUCUUCUAGCAUUCUCUCUCAUCAGUAAGGCCAGCUACGAGAACGUGUACAAGAAGUGGAUUCCUGAGCUGAGACAUUACGCUCCUAAUGUGCCCAUCGUCCUCGUCGGAACUAAACUUGAUUUACGCGAAGACAGGCAAUUUAUUAUCGAUCAUCCUGGGACAACACCUAUCACAAUAGCACAGGCAAAAGAGCUAAAGAGAAUGAUAGGUGCGGCCGUCUACAUAGAAUGCAGUUCCAAGACUCAACAGAAUGUGAAGGCGGUGUUUGAUGCAGCAAUAAAGGUGGUUAUUUACCCACCAAAGCCAAAGAAAAAGAGCCGAAAGCAGAGGACUUGUCUCAUUCUAUGAGUGCGGUGACUCUCAAGGAUAGUGCAACUCUUUCGUCCUUCUUCCUCUGUUUCUUGGUUCUAUUCCGAUGGAGUGAUGUAAUCUCUUGUUCGUGAGAAUGUCUUUGUCCUGUUGAUUCUUUCACCGCAUGCAAGAAUUGGUCUUUCCCAAAGCUAUGAAA